GUAAAAAAAUACAUUUACAAAGGUUUUGUUGGCACAGUUGGCUGCACUUCACUCCUUUGUUUAUAAACAAAUCAAAAAUAUGUGACAAAACAAACUACCGACUUUGUUUUCUUCUUGUAUAAAAUUGUACAAUGGUACAGGAAGUUGAAGAAGAUGUGUCCAAAAGGGAGCAGUGGCCAGCGUCGUACUGCGCCCACACGGACAGAGAGCUGCUGCUGCUGUCGUGCGCGGAGGACCUGAGGCGCAGACACCACGAGCAGCGUCCCGCGAGGCGACCCUUGUUGCUGGUGCCCAGGAACGAGUGUGGGGAGCCGAAGAUGGUGUGCACGGCUGUUUGCCCGACGGGGUUCCACCAGCCGGAGCUGUUCCUGUCGUGGCAAGGCGCAGCCACGUUCGUAGCGGACCAUGUGCAGUACCUGCCACUGGAGGACCCCGUCUCCCUCCCACAGGAGCUGUGCUCCCCCGCCACGGUGCUGCACACCCAGAGGGGGAACUGCUUCGAGCUGAGUGUACUGCUGGCCUCGAUGCUGACUGGUGCGUGGUACGAUGCCUAUGUGGUAUCGGGGUACGCGUGCAGGGAGCUGUGUCUGGGAGAUCACACCUCCGAGGACUACGCCCCUUGGCCGGAGGAGCUGCCCCCUCAGGUUUCGGAAGGUGAGCCAACAGCAGCAGAAGCCCCCAAGUACCACGUCCAGCUCGAGCAACAGUUUGAAAGUCAGUAUCUGCUGGAGAGGAAAAGGAAGGAAUUACGUAGAUUGGAAGAAAUUGAAGAAAAGAAGAGGGAGGAGGAAAUGAAAGCUCUGGAGGCGCUGGAGAGGCCGCCCCUUGACGAGCUGAGCGGCGUGCGAGUGCACAGCUGGGUGCUGGUGCGCGCGGGCCGGCACGGCGUGGAGCGGUCCUUCUUCCUGGAGCCGGCUUCAGGGCGUGCCAGCCCCGUGCGCGACCCCUGCUACCUGGGCGUGGAGAGCGCGUGGAGCCACGAAAACUACUGGGUCCACCUGCGUGGCCCCGCGCUGCCCGAGGAAGAGGACUACGACCUGGACGACAGUCAGCUGUGGGAGGCGCUACGUCCAGGGCCGGGCCUCGGAGCGGCGGUGGCCACCUCCACGCCACGCUUCCUGCUGCUGUCGCGACAGCUGGACAUGCCACCGUCCUGGAGCGAGCCUCUGCUUCUGUCACGCGCAGCGUACGAGCUCAGGUUCCCCGAGGGCAGCAAGACACAGCUCUACAAGAAGGCACGGCUCCAGCGCUGGGCACCGCUGCUGCGACCGGACGGACUCGUGGCGGAGCUGACGCGCUACGUGGACUACGACAGGCAGGAGCCGUGCCAGGUGGUGCGGCGCUACCGGCAGCGCGAGGACCGACUGGAGCACAGCAAGACACACGUCUCCUCUGGCGCCAUCACCGAGACCUUCCGCCGCGGCCGCCCUGACUUCCUGGUUGGACACAGCCACACGGAGGGCCGUGACCAGCUGCAGCACGAGCGCGUCAUGAGCUUCAACCACGCCGUGCACCUGGACAACUUGUGCGAGGUGCGGCUGGGCGCGCAGGAAAUGUGUGAGCGGUUCGAGAGCCGCGAGGACAGGCUGUACGAGCGCUGCGUCACCUUCGCGCCCGCCGUGGAGGGCCAGCCCUCCGCUGUGCUGAGUGUGACGGAGAAGUUCUACAGAAACAGCGAGAAGCCGGCUUGGGAGGACGUGGCCUCGCGCCUGUUUGCACUGACGAACAACACCAUCUCUCUGACGUACCACGUGGCCGAGGACAACUUCACUGCCAACUGGAGGACCUUCAAGAAGCCGCCGGGCUACUUGUUUGGCGAGCGGUUCCGCUUCGAGCCCAGCAUGACUCAAGGCUAUCAGGCAGACCCGACCGCGCCCGCCCCGCGCAUGCUGCACCUGUUCCGCUUGUUCGAGCAGCAGCUGCAGGCGGAGGAUCGAGCACUCUUCCUUGUGCGCAGCCGCCAGGCCGAGGUGGUCAAGAUCCUGCAGCAGAGAGAGAGUGAGAUCGCCACGCACAAGCUCAAGAUCUCUCCCUUUGAUGUUGAGCGCAACGAAGAAGCGCGGCAGGCUGUGAAGCUGCAGGAGCAGCAGCUGGCGGAGAGGCUGCACCAGGUGCAAGCCGAGGCCCAGUACGAGCAGCUGUUCCUCCCUGAGCCGGAAUCUGAGACCCAGGAUCCCCUUAAGGUGCGUGGCGUGUGCCUAGUUUAAUGCCCUGCUACAUGAUGCCAGUGUACUUAAGAAAGUCUGCACAUCAAUAUUUACAUAAUAAAGUGUCAAUAUUAAUUAAUUUAUUUUUUAUUUGCUUAAAGCUAUGUUGUGAGUUGGAAGCUAUAGUUCCAUCCUUACAGUAAUGACGUUAAUUCUGGCAAACCACUUCAGAUCAGAGUCUAUUAGUACUGUAAAACUGUUUAUUUCUUUUAAAAUUUUGUAAUACGCAAGAUAGAUUUAAUUUUUUUUGGACAUAAGUAAUUACUGGCAAAUGUCAAAAAAAAUCUAAAUCAUUGUUAAUAGUAUUAUAGAUUACAGUAAACAAGGAUCGGUACUAUACAUGUGUUUCAGUAUUUUACACGAACGUAUAAACAUAAAAUCCAUUUCUCUGUUAGCUUUGGUUUAUGGUCUUGGUGCCUUAUGACCAGGCAGGUGAGUCAUGAAGCAGCAGUCAGCCCUAUCUAACCUCCCCCCGGUGAGGGGAGGGUUGCCCUGACCUGGGUGAAGCGUGGCUGCUCCAUCAGUGCUAACCGUGCAGUGCUGUGCAGGAGCCGGCCCGCCUCAUGGUGCGGCCCCGAGCUGACCUGCUGAAGCUGUAUCUUGCUGAGCCGCUCGGCAUGGAGCGCACGCUCGGGGCUCGGGAGAGCUGCCUCAGUGACUUCACGCAGAUGCUGCAGCGCAGAGAGAGAAGCCUGGACGCUCGCUCACGUAAGGUAGGCCGGCGACCACUUUCCUCGUGGAGACGUGAGUCAAGUUUUCUGUUCUCGUUUCGAAUACAAUAUAGUAUAUAGAUUCUCUUUUGUUAGGUAAUAUAUUUACUGAAUUAAAUUUGAUUUUGGAGAAACAUCUGUUAUAACACAACCUCCAGUUGCCUUGGAAAUGAGACAACUAAAUUUAUAAUACAUUCUCAGAUGUAAGAAGUCCUCAAAUCUAAGGCAUUAAAAAAAUAUAAAUCAAACAUGAAGGUAUCAAACUUUGGAUGUGAUUAUUCGAAAUUUAAAAUAACAUCUAAUGUAAGAGUAGGUACUUAAAAUACGAGGCUGCUUCAGCUGUGUUUUUGAAUAUUUUGUCUGUAUGAUAGGGUGUGCAUUCGUCCAACUGUCUCAUACUGCAGCUUCUCUCCCUUACAUCCUGACGCACACCUCCGUGGUGUCUGCGCACUCUCGUGAGCACGAGGAAAGUAUUGAGCUUCGGAAUAGUGUUGCCUCUCUCUGAGUAAGGCUCAUUGCAAAGUACUCAGUCUCUUCAACGACACUGCACCGUAUUGACAGAGUGUACAUCUACACAUUGCUGUCUGUGGCAUGCUCACAUAGCUUUAUUUGUUCUGCCCUGUCCGCCUUCCCACUUUGGUUUGGCAGGUAAUUUAACGAGCACAGAAAUCUCCUAGACUAUUCCAGACCAUCCUGCAGCUUCGUAGGUUUAACACAGGUUCUCACCAGUAAUCUAAGCAGGUUUUCCAUGUAAGAGAUGGCCGCUGGUCUUUGUGUCUGAUGUGAAUGGGUGUGACAUACGAUGCAAGAUGACUGUGGCCUCAGGUCCAAGACUUCCAUUGUUCCGAAGACAGAACAAAUCAGACAAAAAAAUACAACUACAUACAUGAGCCGUUGAUUUUAUGUCGCCUAGUGCAGUGAGUGUGCCCUGGAACACCAGAACAAGAUCCAUCCUGCCAUUGAGGCAUAGCUUCUACUGGUUGCUGCUGACUAGGAUCUGGGAGUCUUUUGUCUUUGUUCAGUGUUUUAGAAUAUGUUUACCCACAAAUAAAGAUUUCACACUUAAAAAUUUAUAUGUUAUAGUGAUAUACUCUACACUGUUGACACCUCCUGGAAUUCUUGACACAUCGGCACCUUUUGUUCGUGGGUGUUCUGCCUGGUGCUGGUGAGAGUGGCUCACUUAUUUUAAUGGGCUUAGGUGAUAAAUUAUGUCUUACCAUAUGCAUAAUUAAAAAUUAGGCAUUAAGCAGCUGCAAGUUACACAGUUAACAUGUGGAGACAGUUACCUGCAUGUACUCUUCCGUUGGAGAUUCUCGAAACGCAAUCAGAUAAGAAAAAUCGUCCUUCACCUAGCUGCCCAAAAAAUUUUGCGGUUUGCACACAAACUGCUGCCCGAGGCUGCAUAGGGAGGCUUCCAUUGAUACUGUUCCGCCUUUCUGUAACCAUCUAGACUGUUAGCAAUCUCAUUGUAUGGUAAAGGCAGUGUGGUAAAAUAAAUGUUAAGUGCCACUUGCACUUGGGGUGCAAAAAAUACGCAAACAAACACAAAACAUUCACCCAAACCUAAAUAAUAAGCAAAUUCAAAAUUAAAAUAUUUUCUCAAUUUUCUGUGGUGAUGCCGCGAGCUAGCUUGACAUACAGACUCAUACUCCAAUUACUAACAACAAAAUAAAAAA